CAUAUUUGGACUAAGCUAAGCGGAGACCUUCGCUUCUUCCGGUUCUGCGCCCCCAUCCUUUCUCCCGGCCCCUCCUACCGCCGGCCCCAGGGGCUCGGCGAGACUAACCGUCAGACUGAAAACCCGGCUGCCGAGCCCCGCCCUCCAGCCCCGGCUGCUCGCUAGGGUAGACCCGAGGCAUAGCCCUCACCCCCCGGCAGUGGGCUAGCGGGCGAGCGGGCGGCCAAGUCCUCCCCCGCAAUCCUCGCCCUUCCGUGUCUCCGCCCCCGCGGCCACUGCACGGCCCGCUCGCAGCCAGUUCCGGGUGGUGGAUACACCAACCGGAACUCCCCGCCCCCUGUCGCGACCCGGUGGUCGUAGGUGGCUGGAGUGAGGAGGGAGAGGGGGCGGGGGCCGCGUUAGGGGGUGCCGAGACGUCGAGGACCCUGAAGGCGGGGUAUUGGGGCGACCCACGGGGCGGGGUGGGGAGGUGGGGAAACAGCCUUUAAGCAGUCCCACUUCUGUGCCAGUCACUGAACUGGGCUCUUGACGAGCAUCAUCUCUUAAUCCUCAGAACAUCCCGGGGAGCUCCCCAGGGUCCUGUAUCCUAGGCCAUGAGUGAACUGAAGGACUGCCCCUUGCAGUUCCAUGACUUCAAGUCUGUGGACCACCUAAAAGUUUGUCCACGCUACACGGCAGUGCUGGCCCGCUCUGAGGAUGAUGGCAUCGGCAUCGAGGAGCUGGACACUCUGCAGCUGGAACUUGAGACCCUGCUUUCCUCUGCCAGCCGGCGCCUGCGAGUGUUGGAGGCUGAAACCCAGAUCCUCACUGACUGGCAGGAUAAGAAAGGUGACCGACGAUUCAUGAAGAUGGGUCGAGACCACGAGCUUGGGGCUCCCCCCAAACAUGGGAAGCCCAAGAAGCAGAAACUGGAAGGGAAGGCAGGGCAUGGACCGGGCCCUGGCCCCGGGCGACCUAAAUCCAAAAACCUUCAGCCCAAGAUCCAGGAAUAUGAAUUCACUGAUGACCCAAUUGAUGUGCCACGGAUCCCCAAGAACGAUGCCCCCAACAGGUUCUGGGCUUCAGUGGAGCCCUACUGUGCUGACAUCACUAACGAGGAGGUGCGCACGCUAGAGGAGUUACUGAAACCCCCAGAAGAUGAGGCUGAACAUUACAAGAUCCCGCCCCUGGGAAAGCACUACUCCCAACGCUGGGCACAGGAGGACCUGCUGGAGGAGCAGAAGGACGGAGCCCGGGCCGCAGCUGUGGCUGACAAGAAGAAAGGCCUCAUGGGGCCACUAACUGAACUCGACACUAAAGAUGUGGAUGCCCUGCUGAAGAAGUCUGAGGCCCAGCAUGAGCAGCCCGAAGAUGGAUGCCCAUUUGGUGCCCUGACACAGCGCCUCCUGCAGGCCUUGGUGGAGGAAAAUAUUAUUUCCCCUAUGGAGGACUCUCCCAUUCCUGACAUGUCCGGGAAAGAAUCAGUGGCCGAUGGGGCAAGCACCUCUCCCCGAAAUCAGAACAAGCCUUUCAGUGUGCCCCACACCAAGUCCUUGGAGAGCCGCAUCAAGGAGGAGCUGAUCGCCCAGGGCCUGCUGGAGUCUGAGGAUCGCCCCGCAGAGGACUCGGAGGACGAGGUCCUCGCUGAGCUGCGCAAACGACAGGCCGAGCUGAAGGCACUCAGUGCCCAUAACCGCACCAAGAAGCAUGACCUGCUGAGGCUGGCAAAGGAGGAGGUGAGCCGGCAGGAGCUGAGGCAGCGAGUCCGAAUGGCAGACAAUGAGGUCAUGGAUGCCUUCCGCAAGAUCAUGGCUGCCCGGCAAAAGAAGCGGACUCCCACCAAGAAGGAGAAGGACCAGGCCUGGAAGACUCUGAAGGAGCGGGAGAGCAUCCUAAAGCUGCUAGAUGGGUAGCCCUCACCCCCACCUCAGGCUCACUUCCCCUGGCCUGGGAAGAAAGGGGAGGGAGCCCACUUCCUUCUCUGGGCGGCUGGAAGCCUCAGCUUAUGGCUGACUUGUCAGAUGUCAUAUGGCAGCAGUCUCUAGAGGACGCAGCCUUUCCCUGAGGUCCUUCGGCCUAGCUCUGUGCAGCCCGGACACGGGAGGCCCAGCUGGCCUGGCCUGGAGCCAAGUCUCCGCUUGGUCCCAAAGAAGAGGGAGACAACAUUUCUGGGCCUUUCUCUCCUCCCUCCUUCCCAUCCCCCAGCCCUCCACCCCUACCUGUCUCUCCCUCAAGGACUUCUCCUUUGUGGUUUUGUAAAGUGCAAAUUUAAGAAUAAAGUAACUGCUGUGUUUUUUU